UGUGAGCAGAGGAGACGUUCAGGACAACAACACAGCCGGCAAGCGAGCAGCAGAGAGAGAGAGAGAGAGAGAGCUGUAAAGGAGAGCGAGAGACUGCUUUAAGAGAGAGGGAGAGAGACUGCCGCACUGAGGGUUGGAGGAGAAAAACAGGAAUACAAAGGAAAGGAGAAAGUCAUUGCUUUCUGCUCAUACACACUGGCUGGGUGGUUUUCUUCCCUYCGCACCCGUGUGUUUUUCUUAUCCUCGCUCAUAUGUAUCAAGCUCCCAUCCUCCAUCAUCCAUCCACACACGCGCAGACAGAGCAUAGAUACGCUCGCUCACUACACACCCUUUCUGAAGGAGAGAGAGCUGUGGAUGGACCAGUUUUAACAGGGGAUCGCCUGCUACUGAUGAAGAAGRGUUUAUUUUUUUGCACUUUGGCUUCACAGAUUUCCCUGAUUGGAUUUUGAUUAGAGGAGAGGAGGGUUGGGGUUUUGUUUGUUCAUGUGCUGUUUGGCUUGGCGCAGGGCCAACGGCACGGCACAGAGCUUCCCGUCCUUUUCUCUGGGAGUCCAGGGAGACGGUGAGUGACACUGGCUCUGGACAGCCCUCCCCUGGCUGCAGAUCUCAUCUGUUUGGCCUCUUUUGUGUUCGCGGCUCGUGGUUAGCCAAGCCCUCCCUCCCGCACUGAAUUGAGCUAUUGUCUGGAUUUCGGGGUCUCUCACGCUGCCCCACUACCCCCAGCCCCGAACCCCCCCACCCCCCAGUGUUCAUUUGUCUCUGGUCACACUGAAGCUGGAGGCUGGAAGCCUGGAUUAAUGGCAGACGGAGGAAGGUAAUGCAUCGCUGGACGCUUCCUCUGCUUUUGGAUCACUCAAGGAAAAGGAAGGAGACCUUCCCACAGCAUUCAGCCAAGCAGCUAGCGUUACCACGGUUUGUCUGUGAGAUCGUGCCUUGAGUGUGUGUGUGUGUGUUUGUAGCAGGGAGAGAGACGGCGGGAUAGAGGAGGAGGGAGAGUAAUAGUAUUCCAGUGAUCUAGCUGCCUGCUUCCAUGUCUCCAGCCUGACCUGGGCAGAGGUGUAGCCCUCCCUCAGGGUGGAUGUGGGGACGGGGGUAUCAACAACCCUCAGGAGGUCAGCCUAGCCCUCCCUCCCUCCCUGCCUCCCCAUGAAGAAGACACAGAGCACCACCCUGCGUCGGGCCUGGCCCAGCUCAGAUUUCUCGGACCGGGCCUCGGAACGCACCCGGUCCCGCAGCGAGAAGGACUACCGCCUCCACAAACACUACCCCCCUCAGUACAUCUGCCAGUCCCCCCGGGGCUACAUGACAUCAGGUGAUGUGUCUCCCAUCAGCAUGUCUCCCAUCAGCCAGUCACAGUUCAUCCCUCUGGGGGAGGUGCUGUGCCUGGCCAUUUCGGCCAUGAACUCCGCCCGCAAGCCUGUCACCCAGGAGGCCCUGACAGAACACCUGGCAACAUGUUUCCCAGGUGUGCCCACGCCGACAGCAGAGAUUCUCCACCACACGCUGAGUAUGCUGGUCCGGGAGAGGAAGAUCUACCCGACACCAGAGGGCUACUUCAUCGUCACGCCCCAGACCUACUUCAUCACGCCCUCUCUCAUCAGGACCAGCUCCAAAUGGUACCACCUGGAUGAGAGGAUACCUGACCGCCAGCAGCAACAACAACAACAACAGCAACAGUGUACCUCCCCCCUCUCUGGAACCAUCACCCCUUCCACUUCUGGCUGUGUCAGGGACAGGUCCCAUCCUAAGAACCAUGGAGACUCCUAUAAUAGUUACCGUGACGACCCCCCCAGCCACCACACCACCCUCACCAGGAAGUCCCCUAAGGAGCACCGAGAGGCCUACUCUCCCCACUCCCCUCACUCACCCCACUCCCCUCACACACCCACACAGACCCAGCCCCAGCCUACCUCCACAGAGAAGACCCGGAGCACCCUGAGCUUCCCCUUCAAGUCGGACACCCUGACCAAGCACCGUGAGGGGGGCAGCAGCGGGGAGAAGCAGUCCAAGAAGUUUGGCCUCAAGCUGUUCCGGCUGAGCUUCAAGAAGGACAAGACCAAGCAGCUGACCACCUUCUCGGCCCAGUUCCCCCCGGAGGAGUGGCCUCUGCGGGACGAGGAGACGCCCACGGCCGUGCCGCGCGACGUGGAGAUGGAGAUCAUCAGGCGGAUCAACCCGGACCUGACGGUGGAAAACGUGGCUAGACACACAGCCGUGAUGAAGAGGCUGGAGGAGGAGAGGGCUCAGAGGAGCAAGGCCAGCUCGUCAGCCCAGCACAGCGCACGCAGCAGGAGGAGCCGCGGACACCGCAAGCCCCAAGGUAAGCCGUCACGCUCCCACAGUAAGACCCGCGCCUCCCGGGGAGACCCCUCUGAGGGAUCCAACCUGGACCUGGGGGCUGAGAGGGACUACCGGGCUUACAGCUCCUCCCUGGCUCGCUCGCCACGGGACGCCUCCUUCUCCAUGGAGCGCAGCCGUGCCCGACACCUGGCCCACAGCAACCCAAACAUCAUGGAGUCCCACCUGCCCAUCACCCCAGAGUGGGACGUGUCGGGAGAGCUGGCCAAGAGGAGGACGGAGAUGCCCUUCCCCGAGCCCUCGCACGGGCCGUCCCACUCCAAGGUGCACCGCAGCCACAGCCACACGCAGGAGAGGAAGUCGCGCAACGAGCGCUCGGACAACAAGGCCAAAGAGCGGUCCCGCUCCAUGGACAACUCCAAAGGGCCUCUCGGGGCCGGGCAGAUUGGGCCCCCGGACUACUUUGAGCGCAGCCCUGAUGAGAGGGACAGAGACAGGAGCCGCUACUACACCGAUGACGGGACCUUGAGGGCCUCAGCCCAGGCCUCCCAGUACUCCCACUCGCGGGCCACGCCCCCUGCUGCUAAGUUGGCCACACCCCCUGCUGCUAAGUUAACCCCUGACCCCUGUGGGCCCGACGGAGGGAGAACACUUGAAAAUAACAAAAGUAGAGACCGUUUACCUGCCUACGACAGCCAGAAGGCUUAUUCUCCUAAACGCAUGGCUGAGGACUAUUUCCAGUGCAAUGCAUCCACUGAGGCGGUCCUCACUACCCCUAGUCCCUUAGGAAAACCCAAUCACGAUAGCUUACCUAAGGUGAAGGUGGGCUGUUCGUCCGACAGACAGACCCCUCAUCCCCCAGAGUACAAAGAGGACACUACAAAGGGACAGAACGGUGUUAGUUUGCCCAUGCCCUGCCAGAUGCCUGAGCCUUUGCCAAAUGGCCGUUCAGUACAGCACCACAACACCAACUCUGGUAGCAUGGACAGGAGGAAGGACAUCUUCAGCAAAGACACUCUGUUCAAACCUCCGCCCAACACGCUGCCCAGCGGCUACGGGGACGGUAGCUACUCCAGGUCGAGCACGCUGAGGAAGACCCCGGUCAUGUCGUCGGCCGAGGUGCUGGACAGCCAGGAGCACUUUGAGCAGCCGGGCCCCCUGCUAGCUGUGCCCCGGCCCCCCUCCUCUGGCCCCUCAGGGAUGGAGCAGGCUGGCUCGUGCCCGGCCGGGGAAGCCUCCUUCGACUACUACAACGUGUCUGAUGACGACGAGCUGGAGGACGCCGCCUCAGCCAAGCAGGCAGAGCAGGAGCCGAAGUCCCCAGAGGGCUGUGGUGGGGUCGGAGGGGGAGGGGGGGGUACCAUGCAGUGGCUGCUGGAGCGGGAGAAGGAGAGGGACCUCCAGCGCAGGUUUGAGAGGAACCUGACCUUCCCCAACCCCAAGGAGAGUGAGCACAACAACCAGAGCCAGCAGUCAGCCCACUCAGCCAGGCUGGACAGCAUGGACAGCAGUAGUGUUACAGUGGACAGUGGAUUUAACUCUCCACGCACACGAGAGAGUCUGGCCUCAAACACCUCCAGCAUCGUGGAGAGCAACAGACGUCAGAACCUGGCUCUGAGUCCCGGACACCUGGGAAUCGCCACGGGCAACGGUCCACCUUUCACCUUCCGGACCAUUCCAGAGCCGCCGCCUACCACCCAACCCGAGAAACUCCAGAAACCCUCAAACUGUUUGGCCUCCAUCACCAGUGUGUGACAGUGGCAGGAGAGGGAGAUCAAAUGAAGAGGGAGGUGUUGGGUUUGGAUGAGUACAGCUCCUCCACCUCACUGGGACUGUUAUAGUAUCCAGACUGGCUGACACAACAUACACCACACCAGCCCGUUCAGCGACUGSUAUUACAUUGUCAAUCUGUCAUGCAAUGGUUUUGGAUUAGUUUUCCUCAUCUUCUGUUGGGUAAUAUUUGAAUUUGUGAUACUCACCACUACAUUGUAACACCACUUCUCACAAGAUUACAUUUAUAAAAAUAUUUAAAAGCAUUGAUCUUUUUCAAUCCCAUUCUAAACCUUGGAAGAAGAAAAAAAACGUAAUUCUACAGGUCCUUUUUUAGGUUUUUGUUUUUACUGAGCAGUUUUUAUUUAUUUCAUGUGACUGAUUUGACUUUGACCUGCCAGUUGAUAUUCUGUCAUUUAUUUUGGUGUCAAAUGUAAAAAAAUUCUAAUCUCAGGUCACGCGUAAUUACACUCCUACCAUUUUUUGGCUAUGUGUGGCUGUUGAGCUUUUUAAACAUACUCUUUAGCCCCCUCUGCUGGCUCACAUGAGGCUCUGACACAAUGCGAUGCAUACACAGUCCUGCUAGCUAGACUUUACCUGACCCCUCUGCCAUAAGGCCUACAUAAUGCUGUCAUGAUAAUAUAACAUGUAAUAAACCGUUAUGUCAGCUCAUGACGACUGAUUUACAGCUGUCCUAACAGAAACCGUUGUUUAGGCUUGUUAAUUGUCUGGCCAUACAUCUAGACAAUUAGCAUACCUGAGUAAUGGUUUGUGUCAUAACUGUGUCAAGUGACAUAAGCAGCUGUCAUUAUGGUUUAUAAUACUAUGACAUUAUUAUGACAGUCUUACGUAGGGUUCAAGUGACAUGUUAUCCUAGUGAUGUUAGGAGUGCAACAUGUCCAGUCCAUCCAACCUCUCUCUGUAGGGUACUAUUGGUGUGCCAGAGUACCCCUCUGUUCCAUGGUACUGAACCCAGCCCUGACGCUGCUGUAAUCUAGAUAACAAAAUCCAAGUGUUUGAACUGGGCUCUUAGAGCUAAUGUUUACAUAGAAUCAGGUCUCUCAGCACAUUUUGGUACAUUGUAAAUACAGAUUAAGGAAAGGCCUCAAUGCCCGACAGGGAUUGAGUUUCUAAGCAGUACUACACGGCAGUCAUGGCCAACAAUGGAGAAACCUAACUUUUCUUUUUAUUGGAUUAAAAAUGUCACACUAUUCCUGGUGCUAUUACCUGUGGUAUUUUCCUGUUCAAUGCAUUCGAUGUUCAAAUUAACAACAAGGGACUUUUGAAUAUGGACAACGUCGAAAACCAUCCCCUUUAUAGAGGCAGAUAAGGUCAGUCCUAUCUCUUUAUAGAGGCAGAUAAGGUCAGUCCUKUCUCUUUAUAGAGGCAGAWAAGGUCAGUCCUKUCUCUUUAUAGAGGCAGAUAAAGUCCUCUCUCUCCACCCCUCUGAGUUGUUUUCAUAUUUUACCCUAUGUUGUCAGAUUCUAAUACAACUACCUCCACAACAGUAGAGUAGUGGCUCUCCUCUUACAAAUCACUGUCAUCAGCCUGUAUCCUGUGAAUGUCAAUGUAAAAGCCCUAGAAAUGACUCACACAAAGACCAUGUCAAAGUGCUGGACUGACUCUCCUAUUGUCAUUCUCACGACAGCAGAGCUCACCUGUAUGCGCUACUUGACUAUUUAGCCCCUCUCUCUGUCUGAGUUUAUUAGAGGUGUUCUUCUCACGCAAUUCUCACUUUUUGACUCUCACUUCCCCCAACAGAAAUGUAAUAAUUUCUGUGCGGUUUGAUUAGAAGGGGGGGGGGUUCUCCUCUCCUCUAUUUAAUGAUGUUAAGGAUAUCAAAGGUCAAAGGUGACCUCUUAUAGCACAGCAUUUCCGUAGGAUACAUCACCGUCCUCUCAGCACUGUGUACCAUCAGUAUCCAUGUCUCAUACAGUGUGAUGAUGAGCCUAUGAAGGGAGUGGUGUCAACCUUGUCACUUUGGUAGUACAGUUCCAGUCCAAUGACAACGCAUUGAAAAGGUCCAUUUUCAGUUUUUGUGAGCUCUUUUCAAAUAAUGAUCAACAUCAUCAAUUCCCUCUGAAAUCAAAAGGGAGAAUUGCAGCCAAGACUGCCUUGUAUUGUCAUGUUUGCACUGAAAUAAAUGCCUGUUCUCUGGUUGCUGUAAAAGCCAUCCAAGAAGGAUGUUCUGUUUAUAUUGAAAAUAUUUCAUAUGAAAUUCUGACAGUCCAUGAAAUGUCUUCCCUUAACAUUGCGGAUUUAUAAUGGAGUUCAAUAACGUUGUUUCUAAUUGUGACGGUAUGUCAUACUGUAGAUGAUCUUGGUCUGUCAUGCUUAGUAAAAUAAUGUCAACAAUAAGAGGGAUUUUUUAUGUCUAUAAUAUCUAAGUCCCUUUUUGUGUAGUCAUGGUGUUUACUGUUGUUCUAGUGUGUGUGAUAUAACCUUUGGGGAUUGUUACUUUUUAAGAUAAUAAAAUAACAUGUUUGGUUAUA